AUGGCUCGAAAUCGGAUCGCUUCUAGUAGCACGGAGUUAUGUUCGUUGAAUCCACGCGGCGACUUCAAGCAUUACGAUGAAACUGAUGUUGACGAAGUUAGUGUUACCACAUUCACCCAAUCAUUCGCCACGGCAGAAAACAGCACGGAAAACUGUAAAAAUCCGACUAAAAUUGACCAGUCGGACCGCACGGAUGCGGAAUUUUGCGAAGGCGUUCAAAAUAAUCUGGUGAGACCGGUUGAGAGUAAUAAAAGUUUGAAGUCAUGGGCCACGUCGCCGUCUACAUCGCAGACGAGACCCAGGGCCAAAUCUUAUUCGUCGUUUGGUAGGUUGACAUCUUUCAUGGCGGGCUCUCCGCGGCCACCAUUCAAAUACUACCACCACCAACAGCAACAACAACAUGCCUCUGCGAAGAAGAAGGAAACCUCAAAGUCAAAAUUUGCUUUUGAUAUUAAUAAGAAGGUUCGUAGCACGAAAACAGAAGCUCUGAUUGAAAAAUAUCGAAGAGCAAGGAGCAAGACUGUGGUUAGUCAGAGCAAGGAAGAUGUUGAAGAAGAAGAAGAUGAGGAUGAAAAUGAUAGCGAUGAAGAAGAGAAGGAGGAGGAAGAUGAAGAAGGAUCUAAAACCAGACCCAUGAGUAGCGCCUCUGUGGAGGAGGCAGCCAGGCUGGCACUGGCCGCCAGGGCCAAGUACUCGAAACAAAGAAAUUCUAAGUGUUUGGAGAAGGCAGCCUUCUUCAUAGUCAUGGAUGAUAAAGUGAAAUCCGACCACCACCCCAACAACAACAUUUCCAGUCCCAGCCAACUGGAAAACGCGGAGAACAUUCUCCUGGAGGCCAUACAGAGACAAGCCGACGAAAAAAUCCGUCUGACGCCGACCACAAAGUCUCGACUAAAACUGGGCAAGCCUCGUUCUCGACAGCCACGACCUACUUUUCCUCAUCACCACCACCACCACAGCCACCAACUUCACCAUCGCGGCAGUAGCAAAUCGAGACUGUCAGUGGAAAGUAAAACCUCGGACCAACAUGAUGCCAUCUCACCGUCCGAUUCUGUCUUCUCGAAAUCGUCUGCCACAUUCGACGCGCACAUUUCUUCAAGUGCAAUCACUCCGACGGAUAAUUGUCUGUUCAAAAUCGACACGACGGCCAUCACCGCCGCUUCAACUACCAUCAACACGCCGGAAGACUUCCUCACUCCGCACGAAGCUUGCUCGCUUGAAAAGUUGAGCGAGAAGAAAGCAUCCCUCUCGUCGACAACACCAGCCCAGAUUGAGGUGAAAUUGAAAAAGAAAUCUCGCAAAAAAUCCAACAAACGAUCGAGCACAAACAGCAGCGGCUGCUCAAGCAACGCGAGUUUAAACGAACGAAAGAAGGAAACCAUUUCGAAGUUGCAGCACGAGAAGGAAAAAUCCAGCAGACUCAGUCAGAUAGACAGACUUUCGUCAACCGUCUCCUCUGUUUUCGGUCAGAACGGUUCUUCAGCUCUUCUCGAUCCCUUCACUCCUCAAGUCAACCCGAUAACAACUACCUCAGCCAACAGCAAGCCCGUUUCACCGCUUUCCUUAGUCAUAGCUGGCUUGGUCAUGCUUAGCGGGACGUGCGCGUUCUUAGUUUCAUUCGCGCUGGGUCGCAAUGGCCCGUGGACACUGGCGGCCAGCGUGGUGAUGGGAUUUGGAGCUAUCGCCGUCUUUUCCGGACUGUGUUGGUACCUGGCGCACACGUCAGCCCCUGCCACUGACCAAUCGAAAAUUCGUUUGUUUACAAGUGCUGGUCACCCGUGUGGGGUGGAGAUAAAGGUAGUGGACAGGAGGCAGUUGGAUGAUCUGAUCAAAAAAGGUGCCUGCGUGGAAACCAUCAGUGCUGCGAAUGUUGUCUGA